CUGUGCCAUUGGGCUGGUGCCAAGUAUGCCAAGAUCAGGAGGCACUGGUCUGCAUGUGAUGUGCCUAAAAUGGAAUCUGACCCUGAAGGAGUGUUCUGUGCGUGAUCGACGUUUGUAUUCCCAAUGUGAGGACGUACAUUGUAAAUCAAUGCUCACUCAGUUCAUGUAAUUUGCCAUCAUGUGGAUAACUGACCUGUGCAGGGAAGAACCUCUGUCUGCUUCAAGAACUGAUGUUCCGACUCAUGUCUGCUCCUCCAUCUCUAUUUCACAAUGCCUGAACACAUCUUCGACUCAUCUGAGGACUUUCAGUGCACCUUCUUAGAAAAUGGAGACUUGCUGUUCAAAGACAAGUCUCAUGGAAGGCGCCUUUUUGAAGGUUUAUCUCGGCUACCACCUGGUUCCUCAGCGACAGUCACAGACAUUCUUAGCAAAAACCUAACAACAACUCUCGAACUUAGCGACGAUGAAGAACGGUACAUCAGACUCGAUCACACCGCUGUGCUGGAGACACUGGGAAACCUCAGGUCAUCCAGGAAACUUUGCGAUGUCGUUCUUCGUGUUUCGCGCUCCAAGUUUUACUGUCAUCGAGCAGUCCUGGCAUCCUUUAGUCCUUUCUUUGCAAGAAUGCUUCUCGGUGACUUCAAGGAGAGCCAAGACAAAAACGUUUGGCUAAACGACGUGUCGUCUAAGAUUGUUGAUGAACUCUUGACCUACGUCUACGCAGGAUCGUUAACUAUCACGAGAUCUAACGUAGAGAGACUUGUCCAUACAGCGACGCUCUUUCAGCUACCAUCGGUGGUGACAACCUGUUGCCAGUAUCUUUCCAAGCAGCUUUGCGUCGAAAACUGUUUCGGGAUUUGGGUCUUUGCCGAGGCUUAUUGUUGCUUAAAUCUAGCGGAAGAAGCGAGAGGACUUGCUCUGGAGAAUUUAUCUCGUGCGGCACGGGUUGGGGACUUAGACGUUCUGUCCUUUGACCACAUGCUGUUUUUGAUUACUGACGAACGUUGCAAGUGGUGUACUGAAGUUUUGUACGAAGUGGUGAUGCAAUGGGCAAGGGGCGAAAGAACCAGGCGCGAACAUCAUCUGCGACCAUUAUUGCGCUGCCUAGACCUCUCUCGCGCGCACCCAGAUUUCUUCAAGCACCACAUCAAGGACGAACCAUUCCUUAACAUGUCGCCGGAAUGUCUCCAGCUUGUUCUCGAUGCAGAGCAGGAGAUGGAAGACCGUAAGGAACUUCGCCUACCGGGCGACGUGAUAGCGCAGGUGGGCGGGACGUGCUCUGAUCAGAACACGGGAGACGUCAACAAUAUGUCCUAUAUCGACUGCUGGGAUGUGAGGAAAAACUCGCGAGCUGUUUUGACCGACUUGCCACCAAGUUUGGACAAUGGAAACUGUUACCGUAAUGUUUUAAGCAUCGAUGAUGCCAUCUACAUACUUUCCUCGAUGGAAAGGUCUCAGUACGACUCUGAGAAGGAGAUGGAAUUCUGGCGCUACUCUGCCUCUUCUGACGCAUGGACACGUCUUCCCGACCCUCUUACCUUCCACGAAGGGCACUGCGGUUUCGUGGCCGUCCAAGGACGAAUCUACGCCAUAGGCAGCAACCUCCUAGCCGAGAAAGAUCAGUUUUACUACGAGGCGUUCAGUCUGAGGGAUAACUCCUGGUUCAUGGUCCCGCCCGUACCACACACGGUCCACAAGAUCGUCGCCGUCUCCUGCCAGGAUAAACUUGUCGUGCUAGGCUACUUUGAGGGCUGGUCCAAGAACUAUUACAUACAGACGCGACAUAAAGGGGUGUGGGACUACUACGAGGUGGAGGCGUACCACGGCGGUAAGCCCCAGUUCCAGGCGGCGUGUGUAGGAACCAGGAUCUACCUUCUCCCCAUGCUGGGCAGGCUGCUCAAACAGAUGUGCGCCUUCGACGUGGAGACGGCUGAGUUUCACAUGAUUCCUGUCCCAACGUACAGGUCCUACCAUAUCUAUUGUGGACUAUGUUUUCCCAGUCCAUUACAGUGUGGAAUGACUGUGUUGGAUGGGCAGGUCGUGGUGACUGGAGGGAGAGAUCAGGCCGUCUCGGCAUACUCUUCACAUGCCAUAGAGGCAUAUGACAGUACGAAAGGCAAGUGGGUGAGGAUUGGAUGGCAGGCAGAGCCUGUAAGGCGAGCACACAGCUGUGUAACUAUACCUAACUGUCAGUGGAUCCAACAGAGGCUAGACAGGCAGGAACAGGCACACACAGAGGCGGAAGAGAGUAACUAGGGACAACA